AUGGCAGGUGCGGCUGGAAAGAAGCAGAAGAGAGAGGAGUACCGCGCCGCUCAGCGGGAUGAGGGCGGCACGGAGCUUCCCAAGAAGAAAUUCUACAGGCAGAGGGCGCAUGCCAAUCCGUUCUCAGACCAUCAAUUGACAUACCCAGUUAGCCCAGCAGCAAUGGACUGGUCGUCCUACUACCCCGCAUAUGUUGCGCCGUUACCAGCGAAAGACGAGGAUAAUGAGACCAUGGAGGGCAGAGAAGCAAGCGCCAAACCAAGGCCGUUGACAAAAGACGUAGAGAUUGCCGAUAUUGGCUGCGGCUUUGGUGGUUUAACGGUGGCGCUCGCUCCUCACUUCCCAGACCAGCUCAUAUUGGGCCUGGAAAUCCGAACACAAGUAACAGAAUAUGUACAUGAGCGCAUCAAGGCCCUGCGUGCGCAACACCCAGAUAGCAACGCCUAUCAAAACGCAUCCUGCCUCCGAGCAAACACGAUGAAGUUCCUCCCCAACUUCUUCAAGAAGGGACAGCUCUCGAAGAUCUUCCUCUGCUUCCCAGACCCCCAUUUCAAGACCAGGAAACACAAGGCGCGGAUUGUGUCACUCUCAUUAAAUUCGGAGUACGCAUAUUCUGUGCGACCAGGGGGGGUCAUCUACACUAUCACGGAUGUGGAGGACCUGCACAAGUGGAUGGUGCAGCACUUUGAUGCGCAUCCGUCAUUCGAAAGGUUGACCGAUGAGGAACAGGAGGCGGAUAAGUGUGUACAUAUUAUGAGAACUGAGACGGAGGAGGGGAAGAAGGUGGAGCGUAACAAGGGCAUGAAGUUUGUUGCUUGCUAUCGCCGGAGAGAGGAACCACCGUGGCCUUCAGAGGCGGGGCGGCCGCUGAGGCUGCUUAAGUCAUAA